UUCAGUAAUAAAUGCUGCGAUAUAUUCAUCAGUUUACAAGUGAAGACAAGCAUCAGAUCAUCAGGAAGAGCUGAAAUCUGUAAAGACUGAGUUUAUUAAAGAGGACACAGAGAAGAUGAGCGAUCCAGAACCCGCAAGAAUCAAACACACUGAAGAUACUCAAGAACAAACAGAUUUAAAUGAAGAAAAUGAGGAGAUUGAAAAAUUGAGUGAAGUUGGGGAGAAAAAUCAUGUCAAAAGUAGAGAAAAACCUUUGAGUUGCUCUCAAACUAAACAGAAAGAUUUAAAGAAAAGCAGAGCCAAGAAAUCAUUCACCUGCACUCAGUGUGGAAAGAGUUUGUCAAGGAAAACGAGUCUUGAUGUUCACAUGAGAGUCCACACCGGAGAGAAACCAUUCACUUGUGAUCAGUGCGGGAAGAGAUUCGCACAUAAAAUCAGUCUUGAUGUUCACAUGAGAGUUCACACCGGAGAGAAACCAUUCACUUGUGAUCAGUGCGGCAAAAGUUUCACACAAUCAUCACACCUUAAGCUACACAUGAUGAUCCACACUGGAGAGAAACCACACACAUGUGAUGAGUGUGGCAAAGGUUUCACACAAUCAUCACACCUUAAGCUACACAUGAUGAUCCACACUAAAGAGAAACCACACACAUGUGAUCACUGCGGCAAAACAUUUAUGACAGCUUCACACCUGGACGAUCACCUAAGAGUUCAUACAAAGGAGAAACCACAUUCAUGUCAUUUGUGUGGAAAGAGCUUUUCACGUCUACAUCAUUUGAAAGAGCAUCAGAAAAUACAUACUGGUGUGAGAGAGUACAUGUGCUUUGUGUGUGACAAGACUUUUACUACAGCAUACGGUUUAAAACUGCACGAGAGGAUCCACACUGGAGAGAAACCUUAUGUCUGUACUGAAUGUGGGAAGUGUUUCAAUCAAUCAUCUUCUCUACACGCUCAUACAAAAAACAUUCACAGUAAGUAGAUCAUUUUCAAAUAAAGCACUUUCAGAUCUGAUGUUGUCUCCUCAACUAAUCCUCAUCAAAUGUCAUUUAUUCCAAGUGUGCUCUUUUAUCUGGGUCAUGAACGAUGCCCCAUUCACGAAUGAAUCGCUCUUUUGAGUUGAUUCUGUUCAAGGUCUUGAACAAAGAAAUUCACAAAACGGUGUGCAUUUGUUCAC